AUGUUAGAGACCAAGAAAACUGAUCUUUUUACACGACUCAAGGCAUAUGUCGAUGACGAAACAGCAGAGCGUGGCUAUGUUUACUCGCACCAAAAGGUCGAUGUUCAGAUUGAUAUAUUAAAUCAAAUAAUCAAGGGAUACACAGAGAUUAGUAUUAAGCCACUUAGAUUUGAUGUUGAUGUUAUAAGAUUACAUUGUCGGCAAUGUCGUGGCAGUAUAAAGAUUAAUGAUUUUUUAGCUGAAUUUGAGAUAAAUGAAUCUGAAGAUGCUGGAAUUGUGGGUGAGAUAUCUGUGCAUCUCCCUGAUGAAAUAACAGACAUUCCUAUAAUAAAUGGUGCCGAAGAGUGGGUUCCACUUAUUGUUCGUGUAGAUUUUAUUCUAGAAAAACCAAAGGCUGGUGUCCAUUUUAAACUUCCUGAUGAUGAUAAACAAAAAUAUAAGUCCCAGUGUGAUCCAUACAUGUUCACCAUUAAUAGUCCGCUGCCUGGUGCAACGAGGUGUUGGCUUCCAUGUCUCGAUCGUAUUCGUGAUCGUUGUAGUUGGGAUUUCUUUAUAACUGUAUCAGAUAUUGAAGGUUUCAAUCCGAUUAUGGUAGUUUGUAGUGGGAACCUUGUUAAAAUGACAAAUUCUUCGACUUCUCCAAAUCAAAAAACAUUUCAUUAUAAUCAGUCAGUUGCUAUUCCAGCACAAUAUAUUGGUGUAGUAUGUGGUCCCUUUGUUAAUCCAUUUGUGCUGGAUUAUCCCCAAGAAGCUCUUCCACUCAAUAGGCCAAAAAUAAUUGCCUAUAUCUCUGAAGAAUGGCAGAAUUGGCUAAUACCUACCUUAUACCCUGAUGGUGACGAUGAACCUACUGAAGAUACUUAUUGGCUACAUCGUGCAAUGGAUUAUUUUAUCGAAGAAUAUUCCAAAUUUAAUCUACAUCCCGAAUUUGAUAAAAAUAAUCCAACUGUAAAACCUGGAAGGUUCCCAUUCAAAAGACUUCAAAUAGUUUUCGUUGAUCACUCUUAUUCUGAAGUGAAUGUAUGUGCUGGACUUUUAAUAUGUCGGCGUGAUUAUUGGCUUGCGGCUGGAUUAUCUAAUUUCUGGGCAAGCAUGUAUUUUCAAAAAAUAUAUGGAAUUCCAGCAUCACGCUAUCAGCGCAAAAAGGACAUUGAACUCGUGUGUGAGCUUGACGUUAAUCGUUAUCCUCUAUGCUCAUUAGACAUCCCCUUACCUUUUCAAUCAAAGGAUAUUGAAUUUAUAAAUCUCAAAGCACCUCUUGUUCUCUGGAUGCUUAAUAAACGUAUGACUUUCCUUGAUUAUCGUCGUGGGAUUCCAGGGAUAAUAUAUUUUUUUCUUAAUGGUGCCAAAGAAGAUGUAGAAGAGGGAAGGCGACCUGGCUUUUUGCAUACAGAAGAAUUUCUGGAAACGUGUAAAAGUGUAAUUCGCCAGGAACUUCGUAAUGAAGUUAAAAAAUUUGAAAAACAAUGGAUAUAUGGAUCUGGCUGCCCAAAAUUCAAAAUACGUGCGAGUUUUAAUCGAAAAAAAUUGGUAGUCGAGUUUAAAUUCGAACAGGAAAAUACAAAUGCUUCAAAUCCUAAUAGUGUGAGCGGAUUGCAAUCAACACAUACUCCUCGAUUUUCGGGUCAUAUGGAUAUUGCAAUUAAAGAACCUGAUGGAUUGGAAUAUAUACAUACUAUAUAUAUCCAAGAAAAACGUGAAUCCCAUUCUCUCUUUUAUCACACUAAAUACAAGCGCUCUAAACUUAAUGUCAGAUCACACAUGCGCCGUGAGAGAAAUAUUUUGGAAGCUCAUCCACCAUCUAAUGUAUUUGAUGAAGACCAAAGAGAUUUCCCAUUACAGUGUGGAAUGGAUCCUGAAUCUGAUUCAGAAGACCUCCCCGAUUGGAAAAUACAAGAAUGGGUUCAGGAAUAUAGUUCAACUAGUGAUCAAUGGGAAUGGAUUCGAGUUGAUGAUGCAUUUAGUUGGAUUGCGAGUAUUGAUUUCGAACAAGACGAUUACAUGUGGGCUGCACUAUUGGAAUCUUCACGUGAUGUAAUUGCUCAUUACGAGGCUAUAAAAGCAUUAUCUAAUAAACCAUCUCGUGCGUGUUCGACUACACUUAUGCGAACAGUUCGUGAUUGGCGAUACUAUUAUAGAAUUCGAAUGGAUGCUGCUCUCGCAAUGGCUAAAUGUGCGACUAAUGAUUUAGACUUUAUUGGAAUCACCCAAUUAAUUAAAAUAUACGAAACUGAUUAUUGCGAACCUCGGAGUGAGGGAGGAUUUUUUCCCAAGAUAAAUGAUUUCAAUGAUUGGGAAGAAUAUUAUGUUCAAAGAACAAUUCCUUUUGCGCUUUCAUGCGCACGAGAUUCAGGAAAUACACCAUCGCAUGUAAAAGAAUUUAUACUCUUUCUUUUGAGUUGGAACGAUAAUCAGACAAAUAUAUAUUCCGAUGAUUAUUUCGUCGCUAAUCUCAUUGAAUCACUGGGAAACACUUUUAUUCCAGAUGAUGAUCAAAUACAAGAAGGUUCCGCUGAUGUAGAAGUUUUUGAUUUUGCUUCUCAAUCUCGAGAUUAUUUAGAAGAAACUUUAGAAACAUUAGAGAGAUAUUUUAGUCGACAUGAACUAUUCGGUUCAUAUCAGGCAUUAAUUGUUGUAGCAAUUAUUAAGGUUCGCAUGCAUCUUAUGUUAAAUCAAUUAAUCCCAUUGGAUGAAGCUUUAAUUGCACUGGAUUUACACCAAAAACCAGAAGUUGCAAAAUUUUUCGAGUUUCUUGCUGAGCGAGACUCUGAUCUGACAGUUAGACGUUUUCUUAAUGCUAAAUUCAAAGAAGAUAGAGGGCCAUUAUGUUGGAACUUUCCUAGAAAAAUUAGAUCGGGACCAUCUUUAAUAAUUCGUUAUAAUCGAACUACUCAUAUUGGAAAUGUUGCUCCACCUAAUAAGGUCGUUUUGAACGUUCAAUCAAAAAUGAAGUCAAAUGAAAGCCAUGAAUAUAACUCAUUAACCUCCGAAGGCGGUCAGCACACCAAAACUAAUAUUCAAAAAACAUUAUCAUCUUAUCAAGAUCAUGCAAUAGCUGAAAGUUCAAAUCGCAUCCAAUUUGAUGAAAAUUCGAUUUCACGGUCCGUAGCACAAAAUAUUCAUAGUCAGAAAAAGUUAUUAAAUAAGGUAACAAAUCUACCUUUAUCAGAAUCUGAGGAUUUAUCUUUGUCUGAGGAGGACAUACUAGUUAAAAGUAAAAAAAGAGAGGGAGCUGAAUACGUAGUUGAAUCACGUAGUAAGAAACAGAAAAAAAAGAAGUAUAGAUGA